UCGGUGGACGGAUGUCCGUUGUUGUCAGUUAUUGCCGGGUAAACGUAUCCAUUUACCAGCAGAGGGAGCUGUAGGACAACCACAAUACUCUCUGCACACGUCGCAAUGCAUUUAUUUAUGUCAAUCAUCAUAUACGUUUGUGGUGGUAGUCGUUUAUUAUCAUUUCCCUGGGCGCGCGGUCAUUUGUCGUGCCGUCGUCGUUAUCCGCGUCACCGCCAUUCGGCCGCGGUCGGCAAUUGAUCCGGACGCCACUGGAACACGGCACGGCUUCUUUAAGACAUCGGUAUGGAACAACGACACGCAUAACAACAAUACAAUACACAACAACAACAACAAUAACAAAAACAACGAAGACGACAAUAUUAUACGAAAAUUACCGUACCCACCUACACACCAUGCAGACUCAUAUGACGAAGGCCGCAGCUGUAUAUUGUACGAAAUUAAGGACGAUUACUGGCGAAUCCGUUCAUGAGCAAUAAUAUUGACAAUAUAUUAUAGUAACACGUCUCUGACACUCUACAGCUAACGGUGACGCGUGCCCCGUACAACGAUCUAGGUGGUGGAAUUAGAUGGUAGUCAACCCGCAAUGGCAGAUGUGCAAAUGGAUAUUUACGAGGACAUGUUCAAAGAGAUUACGAAAAAAAUUUACGGACAAGAUACAUCGUCGUCCGAGGACAGGCAGUUUGCCGGCCAAGACGCGUACAAAAUGGUAGAAGAGGGCCUGAGCAUGAUCGACAACGACGACGCGGCCGAAUCGUUUGGCGAACAAUCGCAGCCCGAGGACGACCCGUGGGUGACCAGCAACGAGACGAUCGCGUGGACCUCGUCGAAAAUCGGCAGCUACAACGUGGACAAGAAACUGUUCAAGUGUCAGGAGUGCGAUUCGAUGGGCCUGCUGUCCAGCGUGGCCGAACACUGGCUGGGCACGCACGCCGACGUCAAGGUGUUCCAAUGCCCGCAGUGUCCGUACGCGAGCGCGUACACAAAGUGCAUCCGCCUGCACUUGGCCCGGCAGCACAACGUGGUGGCCGAACAAGGGACCCAUCAACAGGCCGGCCGGAAAUCGUGGAAGGAGAGCCCGGUACUCGAAGAGGUCACCAGCUACCUGGGCCGGUUGAAGGCGGCCGCGGACAAGGCGAUAGCCACGGCCGCAGCCGCCGCAGCAGCCGCCGCCGUAGCCGCUUCCGCCGCGGCUGCGUCCGCCGAAACCGCCGCAGAAGUCGCCGACGACGAGAUGCGACUGAACGCGGCCGACACGGAAACGCAGACCGCGCAAAAGCGGUUCAACUGCGCCCACUGUCCGUACGCCACCGAUCGGCGGGACCUGUACACCAGACACGAGAACAUACACAAGGAGGACAAACCGUUCCAGUGCGACAUAUGUCAGAAGCAGUUCAACCGGGCGGAUCACGUCAAGAAACACUACACGCGCAUGCACAGGGAACACGAGUACUGCUUGAGCCGGGUGAAACGCGAUCCGUUCGGCAAGUCGGUGGCCGCGGUACAGCAGCAUCAGCAGAGAGUGACGCUGUACUCGGGCGACCCGCCGCCGCUGGAGCCGGACGCGCAGAUCGUAGUGUCCCGGCGGAUCGACGAACAACCGCUGCAGGCCACGGCCCCGAUCAUCGCCGCAAACAAUUCCACCCUGCCCACCCUAGUGUUGGACGACCAACAUCAACAACAACAGCAGCAGCAACAACAACAGCAACAGCAGCAGACGGUCGUCAACAUCGCCGUGGUCAAUUUUAACGAACAGACCGGCACUCACACUAUACAAAUACCAAUACCGACUAACCAGAUGAAACCGGUGAUGUUUACGCAAGAUACCAUUUUGGCUGUGGACUCAGUGGUGCCGACAAGCACGGCGACGAUGACAACGAAACCGAAGGGCAAAGGCAGUCGGAAAAACUUCGAAAAACGGUAUUGCUGCACGUUUUGCCCAUGGUCGGGAGUCGACAAUUGGUGUCUGAAACGGCACCUCAACACCCACAUGAAGCCGUAUGAAUGCGUGUUCUGCGAGUACAAAGCGGCCAGAGCCGAACGGUUGGCUACCCACGUGUUCAAAGUACACAGCAAACGAAUGUGCUGUCGAUGUUCGUACAUUGCUCAGGAUCAAGACGACCUGUACGCUCAUCAGUCCGAAAACAAUCACAAAAGCGUAAGGUCUCGUCGUACACAGACAUCGCCUAUACCGUCGUCGCCCGAACAAUCCGAGGAAACUGCAGACAAAAAUGACGUAAUUGUCGUUUGGCCAAUGACGGGCGUAACGGAUUCUCAGAGUUCUAUUCAAAUAUAAUAAUUACUAACUGAA